AUGAACCCCCCGCUAAUAAAUUUUAAAAACGGAGCUUCACUGAAAAAACAGGACUUGAGCACAAACCAGUCUUACUGUAACUACAUGUCAACAUCACAAGCAGGGGGGGGGAAAAUUUAUGUUCCGUGUAACAAAUUUCUAAAGUUUGUCUACAGCCCCAUAAGCUUUGCUGGCGGAGGCGGGAUUUAUGACCUAUACUGCAGCCCGUCAACAGAGGGUGCUGUUCUCGGAGUGGCUUCACCCAGCGAGGAGGCAGACGCUGUCCGUUCUAUAUACAGCCUAUGUUCUGACCCUUUUGGGGCGACAUUUUCACAUUUAACUCAAUCAAUCAAAAGUGAAGAAAAGGGUUAA